CUUUCAAAGAAAUGUUGCAGACACCUGACAACUCGCCAAGACCACGCAAUCGCAAGAUAUCCCAGGUUGCAGCUAUUCAAGCUGACCCAAGAUCUAGCAGACUCUCCGCUGUUGUUGAUCCAGUCACCCUUGUAGAUGUUGCAUCAACUAGACCACUGGCUAGUUUAACAGCUUCUCCCAACAAAGACAACAAAAAGGAGGGCCACAAAGGUUUUAUGACUCUGGGGCCGAAGAGGCGUUUGAAGGAGGCACUCAUGAAAAUGAAGUUUCUGCCCAAAAAUACAAUUAUAUCUGAUGGAGGUCACACUGAUGACACUGCCUUCACUCAUCUUCAGUCCACUCCAUCGGGGCAGACAACUUUAUAUCAUAGUCAGAGUAACCCCGAUCUGAUGAGCAUUUGUUAUGAUGAUCUUAGGUCUUCUGAUUACCCUGAGCAUGUGCUGAAGGUCUACAAAGCUGAUCAAACUUGUAAAUAUCUUUUGGUUCAUAAAGAAACCACUGCACAUGAAGUUGUUAUGCUGGCUCUUCAGGAAUUUGGAAUUACUGACCCCAGCUCCAACUUUUCAUUGUGUGAAGUGUCAGUGGCAGAAGGUGGUAUCAUCAAACAAAGACGAUUACCUGACCAAUUACAAAACUUAGCUGAGAGAAUUGGUAUUAGUAGUCGAUACUACUUGAAAACAAAUGGCACCACAGAAACAUUAGUACCUGAUGAUAUGGUCCCUGAGCUUGUGCGGGAAAGCCAGGUUCAUUUCUUACAGUUGAAUGCUGUGGAAGUAGCCAUUCAACUGACACUUCAGGAUUUCAGCAUAUUUCGGCAAAUCGAAAGCACAGAAUAUGUUGAUGACCUGUUUGAGCUCAAGAGCAGAUAUGGUGUACCCAUGUUAUCCAAAUUUGCUGAAUUAGUGAAUAGAGAGAUGUUUUGGGUGGUUACCGAAGUAUGUUCUGAACAUAAUCUAGUCAGGAGAUCGAAGAUCAUAAAACAGUUCAUCAAGGUAGCAAGACAGUGCAAAGAGUGUAAGAACUUCAACUCUAUGUUUGCCAUCAUAUCUGGAUUGGGACAUGGUGCUGUGUCGAGGUUGAGGCUAUCCUGGGAAAAGCUUCCCAGCAAAUAUCAACGACUUUUCCAAGAUCUCCAAGAACUUAUGGAUCCAUCACGGAACAUGAGCAAAUAUCGUCAGCUGAUCAGCAGCGAACAGUCCCAACCACCCAUUGUUGUAACAUGCCGCCACCUCCACCCAGGGACUUGCCACCCCGUGCUCGCCAGCCGCCUGCCUAUAACGUAGCUGCGCAGAUGGCUCGCUUGCAGCGAUUGGGACGUGCACAUUCCCAUGAGGGAGUCACUGGUGGCUACUAUCACACAGAUCCUGAAGAAGAUGGUAAGCAAGCUGCUCGAAAGUCAUCCAAACAUAGAUACUCCUGUAUUACAGAGAUAUUGUAUUGAACAUGUCUUUAUAAAUCAGAAGAGUGUGGAAGUCUUUUUAAAAGACUUGCACACCCUUCAGUGGCCACAAGACAAUAUGAAAUAGGUGGUGCUGCCAGAAGUUUCAUGCUGUAUUUUUCUUUUUUACAUCAGAUGACGAAGACACACAAGUGUCUGCUGUGUAAGACAAAGAGCCAGCUCCGGACACCUCAGGACAAGGGACUGACACCAUCAACGUAAUUAAACGUGUGUCAUAUUUAUCGUAAUCUUAAAUUUUGGUGUUGUGUCAGUGCCAAUGUGUCAAAGUAGUACAGUUAUUGUGUGAACUGUGUGAACUGUUGUGUUUAAUGUUUAUGUAGUCAGACUGGACUGUGCGAGCAUCUGACUAUCAAGAAAGAAUGGGGGGGUCUUUAUUUAAUUUCGAUUUGCAAAGAAUCAUUUGGAAGAUUUUAAAAGGCUUGACUUUUUGUUGCAUUUAUGGAAAAAUUGAAGAUGCUUGUUAAACUGUUUGAGUAUUCUGAACACACCGUGCAACUAGGAAUAACAAUGGAGAAGUGUUAUGCUCUUCAACUGUGGACAGUGAAAUAAAUUGGUUUAGUGUAUGUUUCCUGAACAUUGGUAAUUUUAUGCAUUUCCUGCCAUGUGAUGAAAUGGCAAUAGUCAUUUCUGUACAUGUUUUGGCCUACGUUUUUCUGCUGGUAGUUUCCAGUAUUGUUUUUGAUCUGAUAAAGGACAAUGAGUCAAGUUUAUUCUUGACUUCAAGUAUUUUCAAAGUUAAGUUACUAAUUUUUUAAGAUCUUGAAGUCUAAAUGUGUCAACAAAUGCAGAACUGCAUUUUUAAAUGUCCAUAAUUUUAAUGUGAAAUGUAUCGUGUAGUACUAUGUUGUAUGUUGUAACAAUGGUCUUAUAUGGAGCUGUAUUGAACAGUUUUUUCUUAGUGCUAUAUUCUAUUCUAUUGUGGAGUCUCCUGCUUGUAUUGUGGCCUUCAAGGAAGUGUGAGGGUAAACCAAAGAAGUUUAGAAGUUUCUAUGAGCUUUUUUUAAAGUAGAAAUAUUAAGUUAGGAGUGAAGUCGUGCUGUUGUUGGUCACAUACAUUCUGUCAGCCAAGUUAAUAAUAGGACUCCAUAUCUUACAAAUUAAAUGUUUGACUAAAAAUUCAUGCUUGUUUAACUGUUGAAGUAUUUCUGGUAAGAACUCUAAAAAGGAAAACAAGAAAAACAUUUCGCUUGCAGAUUGUUCUAUAUUAGUUUCACAUUUAGAAAAAUAAGAGAAGUUCUUGUCAUUUGAAAAAUUUGUGUUCAAAAGAUGGUGUUAUUUCACUAUAAAGCCAUGUAAGAGUAUGCUUGUAUGAUCUGAUGGUCAGUGAUAUUAGUAAUGUUAAAGUGAUCAGUGAUGAUAUCGUGAAAACAUAUUCUCUUAUCGCAAUCUAUAGAGCUUCAGAAUGACAUAAGUGAAGACUUACUAUGACUGGUUGCAACAUAUCGCCAUUGCUGCUGAGAUAAUGCAUCUACAAUAGACUCAUUCCAAAGAUUCGGUCCAGGUACAAUUAACUAUUUGUUUUUAAAUGUUGUAGAUAAACAAAGUAUUUGGAAAUAUUUGAAAAUAUGUUUUAUAUAUCACAGAUUUUAUUGAAUAUUUCCAUCAAUAUUAUUUUUCUGCUUAUUGAAAGUCUUUACAAAUGGUAAUGUUUAAAAAUACUCGAUGUGUAUAAAGUUAUUCCAGUACUAUAUUUGUAUUUGUCUGUAAGUAAUAAUUCUCAUUUAUGUUGCACAUAUUACUCGAAUAUAUUGUGGCCAAUUUCAUGAUUGUGCAAUGACUUUUUUAAUGCAUUAGCUAUAGGAAAAUUUGACUGCUAUUCAAGAAGGAAAAGAAGGUCUGUAUAUACACUUUUGGCCAGGUGUAGCAUUUGUAACUUUUAUUUGUAAAAUGUACAUAGAUUUUGAUUUUUAAAACUAAUGAAGAUGUGUAACUGUAUUCUGUGCAUGCAUGUGAGAGUAUGUGAGGAAGUUGCCUAGUCGUGCCCAUAUAAUUACAACUACUGGUUCAUUAUCGAUGUGAUUGUUCCAUAAGCUUGGAUGUUUGAUGUAUUUCAGUUGCUCUUUGCUUCUAAUGUAUUGUGCAAGCUCUGCAGGAUUUUUACACAAGUAGCAAUGUGACUGCAUCACACAAUCUCUGUUUUUCACAAUUUGCAACACCUGCAUUGCAGUAUUGAAUCUCUUGUGCUUUAUUGCUUACUCUUUUUUCCAGCAGGAAGUAUUAAGUAGAUGCCUGCUGUGCUCUCUGUUCUUCUGAUCUUGCUGUAAUGAAAUCUUUAUUCUUUUAAUAUUUGUCAAUUUUUGCGAAUUUUAAUUUUUUAUCUUUAUAUUGCUGCAAUAUUUAUUUUCAUAAUUUUGAUGUUAUUACAUGAAGUGAAGUGCACAAAUUCAAUUGUCCUUCUUGGGUUUGCACAAUAUGAGAAAUUGGUGGCCACUUUGGGAAUGACCUUCAUUUUUAAGAAAAUUGUUGUUUUGUAGAGUACCAACAUGUACCGUAUUAUUUGUUGUGUCAGAAAAGCAUGCCUCAUUGGUCUUGUAACAUUUACUUUUGGGGUUCUCAGAAGAAAAGCAAGGAACGCUGCUAGCUUCUAGCUUUAUUUAUCAAUUUCAUAAAUUAUUAUGUUUCUACAUGUUGAACUUAUUAUUACUGUUGUUAAAAAGCUCUGUAAAUCUUUUUUGAAAUCUUGCAAUUUUUUUAUUUUUGAGGAAUGUUACUGUAUAUUUUCUGACCCAAAACUUCAUUACACACACUGCAAUAUUUGUGUUCGUAUCAUAUGUUGUUAACAUAUUAGUAACUGUAGUCUUUCCCAUGUGGUCCAUACACCCAUAUUGAAUUACUGAUAGUAAACAAUAGUGAAUUGUUUCUUCUAAUUUGUAUUGCUUCUCUAUUUGGCUGCCAGUGGAAGUGUAGAAUUUUGUUGUUUCUUCUUUCUUUUGCUAUCUACAUGAAUCUAAGAGAGAGACAAAGUUUUUGGAAUGGAUUACAUAUAUAUUUAUGCAUAUAUGCAAAUCCAGUUAUAUUUGUGUUGACAGUUUAUACAAACAGUGCAAAAUAACUUUAUGUUUUAUGUUAAUUUAGUAUUUGUGUAUAAUAUUUCUUUAAAUGUUGUACUAUGGCUGCAAGUAUGUAAUUAAUGUUUUAAAUCAUUUUACCAUGGUCUAGAGCCAUGGUUCCAGUUAGCUCCUCUAGCUAAUACAGUCAGGCCCUUUCUGGUGGCCUCUCCUUCCUGUACAAAAUAAAUUCCAAUAAUGAUGUGAC